AUCGACACCGACGGCGAUGGCGUCAUUAGCCGGUCGGAGUUCUCCGCCUUCCAGUCGAGGGGCGCCCAGGGACAGGCCGGCUACCCGCAGGGACAGACCAGCACGACUUCCCCGCUCACCGUGGGCGUGCCGCGCGGCGCGGACAUCCAGGAGAUCGAGAACAUGAAGUCGGAGCAUUUCGUCGCGCAGAUGACCCUCAGCAAGGAGCAGAUGGCGAUAUUCAGCCGCGACAUCUCGUUCUUGCGGCAGGCGGUGGCCCAGCUCCAGGAGGCCGUGGGCACGUCCCACGACGGUCACUCGAGGGGCCACGCGGCGCUGGCCGACCGCGUCGCGUUCCUGGAGAAGGACGUAGGCGACUCUUUGGAGAAGCACUCCAAGGACCUGCAGGAACUGAAGGGCAACCACGAGGCCCACGUCCGGCGGACGGCUCACCACGCCAACAUGGAGGAGCGCAUGAGCUUCUUGGAGCAGGCCAUCGGCGAUUCCGCAGACAAGCACGAGCAGCACAUGCGGGACCUCGCCGAGAUGCGGAAGAUGCACGACAAGCACGUCGGCGACGUGAGGCAGCAGCACCAGCUCCACGCCACCAUGCCGGAGCGGAUCGCCUUCCUCGAGAAGGAGGUCGGGGACAGCGCCGACAAGCACCUGAGGAUGCUGACAGAACUCAAGGGCAACCACGACAAGCAUGCUCGGGAGAUCGCAGGCAUGAAGGAUCGCCACGAGCACCACGCGACUUUCGAGGAGCGGAUCGCGUACUUGGAACAGGGUUUCGGAGACUCUGCCGACAAGCACGCCAGGAUGGUCGAGGACAUGAAGAGGGCGCACGACAAGCACCUCAAG